UUUCCAACUACAUAAGAUCAUCAACUUAUAAAUCCAUUUAGAUCAAAAUUAAUUUUGUAAUACCGUGCGUAAUGUGCUACUUUAAUGACUUAUUAUAAAUUGGUUAUCCUUCUUGGAAAGAUAACAUUUUUAUUCUUUUUGUGUGAUACUGUGCAGGUCUCUUUUUUUGGUGUAAAACUAUUAUCUAGCAAUUUGACUAGUUAUUUUUAUUUACUGUAUUAAUUUUCGUUAGCUUAAUUUUGUCACAAAAGAUCGUAAUAUUAUGGAAAAACUUAUUAAAUUAAAAACUUUGAAUUGCCAUAUUACUUGUAAAAUUUGUAGAGGGUAUUUAGUUGACGCCACAACAGUGACUGAAUGCUUACACACUUUUUGCAAAAGUUGUCUGGUAAAACAUUUGGAAGAAAAUAAUAGUUGUCCUACUUGUCAAAUUGUUAUACAUCAAUCACACCCUUUGCAAUAUAUAAGUUUUGAUCGAACAAUGCAAGAUAUUGUUUUUAAAUUAGUACCUGGGCUCCAAUUAGAUGAAAUUAAAAGAGAGAGAGAGUUUUAUAGAAUUCGUGGUUUACCAUAUCCUAAAGAAGUUCCAGCAGGUACUGAAAUUGAUGAUGAAAAAAUGGCCCAGGAUCAAGCAGCUGCAGAUUCUGACUUCCAUCGAACUGAUGAACAGGUAAAUAUAGGCUUAGAAUGUGUUGCAUCUCAUUUAAAGUCUUUAAAGAAAAAGUUUCUCAGAGUUUCAUCUCAAGCUACUAUUACACAUUUAAAAAAAUUCAUUGCAGUUAAGGUACUUGAUGGAACAGAAAAAUAUCGUGAUCAGAUUGAUAUUUUGUGUAAUGAUGAAUUACUGGGCAAAGAUCACACAUUAAAAUUUGUUUACGUAACCAGAUGGAGAUUCCGAGAGCCACCCUUAAAACUACAGUACAGACCAAAGUUGGACUUAUAAAGAAAUAUUUUUAUUAUAUUAUGAUUAUUUAAAUGAAAAUUGUAUAUUUGUGGUAAUUUAACAAUAAUUUUUAUUAUUAUAUCUACUUUAAUAACUGUAGAAUACUUGUUGUGUUUAAGUAAAUUAUCUAGUUGAACUUGAUAAUUUUUAAUAUAAAAAGAAAUUUAUGCAUAUAAAUGUUUUAAAAGGAAUGAAAAUUUUAUUUUGGCUCAACUUGAUAGAAUUAUUUCUAUAAUUCAUGAAAAUAUUAUAUUUUACUUGUAUUAUAAUGUGAGGGUUUUGUAAUAAUUGUAAAUAUUUAAUUUAAAUUUUAAAUGAAAUUAUGUUAUUAUUUAUUUAUUUUUUUUUUUUUUGUGAAUGACUGUUUUAUAGAUAAAAUUAUUAUAACAUUGAUUUUUAUAUUUUUA